UAUGAAUUUAUCUUUGAGAUUUAUAUCAUCAUAAAAAUUACAUUAUUUAGAAACUAAAAACUUUUAUAGUGGUGAUAACACGUAUGUACUGUUUUUAUAAUAUAAUUUGUUGUAGUUCAUUAGAAACAUAAAAUUAUAAUUUACUUUUUUGAAUCUUUUAAUAAAUAAUAGGUAUACCUGAUACCCAACUAGUGAUUAUAGGAUAUAACCAAGCGGGUAUUGAAUCGAGUAAUGGACACAAUUUUAUAAGUGCACGUAACUGAGAUUACCAAUCCAUACCCAUUCCAUUGUCUCCUUAUAUGUUAGUUUCUUAAACCAGUUUUUUUUUUUUUUUAAACACCAUUUUCACAAGUCGGGUCGGGCUGAAAAACUAGUAUUUAGUGCCAAUUAUUUCAUGGAAGUUGCAGACAACCUCUCGCUAGCUCCGGCAGCGAGUCAACUCAGUAGUUCUACGUUAACUCGUGGUUCCCUUAAGCCUCUAUCGUCGAUCGCAAAUAUUCAUACGAGAACUAAUUCAAAUGAAAAUGAAGCAAAGAAGCAAGUACUUGCUUGCCCCAUUUGUUAUGACAUGUUAAUAUGGGAUCAUGAUCCAGUUUUCUCAGUAGAUUCUACCCCUAGGUUUAUUUUAGAAUGCAGCACCUGUAAAAAGGCUUACAGUGGUAAUGAAACACAUCUUGAUUUAACACUAACUAGUGGCACCAAGAAAAAUGAUGGAUAUAUGCCAGCUUCUUCUGAGGUUUUCAGGCUGCCUUUAGUGUCAUUCCUAUACGAAAGAGGUUGGCGACAAGGUUUUACUCUAUGGGCUGGUUUCCCUGGCCCAGAGAAGGAGUUUGAAAUGAUGAAGGAUUAUCUUAAUCCGGUCACCGGAGGAAGAAUUAUUGAUGCUAGUUGUGCUAGCGGGAUAUUCUCUAGGAUUUUUGCGAAAAGCGAGCUAUUUUCGCUUGUUGUUGCGCUAGAUUUUUCGGAGACCAUGUUAAAGCAGUGCUACGACUUCAUCAAGCAGGAGCAAAACAUAUCUCAAGAGAACUUAAUAUUGGUUAGAGCUGAUAUUGCAAGGCUUCCAUUCGCUUCAAGUUCUAUUGAUGUUGUGCACGCCGGUGCAGCUCUUCAUUGUUGGCCCUCACCAUCUGCAGGCGUGGCUGAAAUAAGUCGAAUUCUUCGACCUGGAGGGGUUUUUGUUGCUACCACCUACAUUAUAGAUGGCCCAUUAUCAUUUAUCCCAUUUUUAUCGCUUAUACGAAAGAAUUUUAGGCGGAUAUCGGGGAGCAAUAUGUACCUGUCUAAGCAUGAACUAGAAGACCUGUGCGCGACUUGUGGAUUGGUCGAUUAUACAUAUGUUAGAAAUGGACGAUUUAUUAUGAUAGCUGCUCGAAAGCCCAACUAAACUGCCCAAACUGCCCGAAAAAAUCUUCGUUAUAAAGGUGGCUAUGGCUUAUAUCAUCUUCCUAAGAAUUGUAUAUCAUGUUGUAUAUCUUAUUUAGAUAACUGUAUUUCUAAAUUUUAAUAGCUUAAAGUUUAAACAAUUAUACUUUGAUAAGAGAAGAAACACACUAUAUAUACAACACCAAGAU